GCAUUAGCGUUAAGUAUGCCGUGACAAUGCUGACGUAAUUACGUAUUUUCGGAUUUUGAGAUAACACAGCUGUGUUAAAACAGUGCCUCUUUUAGUUGGGGGUUAAGUUUACGACAUAUAACCUGCUGAGGUUAUACCACAUUGUAAUAUUUCCCUAAAACACUAUACCACAAAAUGACGAUUAUAAAAGCGCUCAGUAUAUUGGUAUCGGAGGCCAUACUAAAUGUUGCGUCUGCGGAUAGAGUCAAGUAGUCGGCUGUUAUGGAAACAAUUAUGAACUUUCAAGCUCCAGAAAAGGCGGGAAAUUCAUGAUUAACCAAGUGACACCAGUUUCUCAAAAGACUCUACUCCUUGAAUUACUUAUGUGAGAAUUGAGAAAGAAUAAAAUGGCUCUAGAUUAAGUCAAACAAAGCCAGUCAUCAGCCCCUAUUCAGGGCCACAUGAAUCCAUAUCACACCCUCACCCUUCUUCCUUAAGACAAAUUUUAAUGCUGGCUCAUUUUUCCUUCAGCUUGCACAGACACAUUCACCUAUUCUUUACUGAAGCUUAAUAGUAAUUUUCCCUUAGGAUUCGGGUGACAUAAAUUUAGGUCUUGCGGUUGGUCAAGCGAUGUACAAUAAUGGAUAAGGUCAGAAAUGAAAAUGAUAUGCACCCAAUGUAGAAUCAGUCAGCUGUUGCUACUAUUCCCAUUUUAUCUCCAAAGACAACUAAACCUCAAUUCAUGACGCAUAAGAAAGCAAGACAUACUGCACCCUUUUAUUUAAAAAUCAAAUUCAUACCUAGUAAAUCGUAAUCCAAGUUUCUUCCUUGCCUUUCUUGAAAACUUUUUUUUAAAGUUCCACACAUUUUCUUCCAAGUUAUGACAUCACGCAGUGUUAUCAGUUGUUACUGAUAUUUCAGAACAGUGGUUCCCUAAUUUUCUGUUUGCACAGCAUGUAGAUGUCAUGGUGUUCCCUGUAGAACACAAUAAAAACUUAAUUUUUUCAGGGCCAAACAGAACUAAACAUUACUGCUGAGUGGUUCACAUUCAGGAGGCCCUAGCUUUGAUUCCCUUAUUAAAUUGUGGAUUAUUUAAUGACAAUGUCAGCAGCUGAGACUAUAUAGCAUCGAAUGACAUCACAAAUUAAUAACAAAUUGAAAAGUACAUGUAAGAUCUCACGGCAUAAUCAAACAUACAAAUCAGAAUUUGCCUGGAGGGACUAUAGAAAACCAUUAAACAUCCUCUAUCAAUAUAGGUUUUUGGCCUUGUAUUUAAAAACCAGACAUCUCUCAAAUAUAAAGCAGGAGUGUGAAAUGCUCAGCUACACUGUUCACUAUUUCAUUCCUGUCAAGGAGGCCAUCAAAAAAAAUUCUGGGAUAAUAAUACUUAAAAUGAACGUCCUUCCACAUCCUUCUUCAUCAAUCAUUCACAGUGAUGUUCACAUUUGAUAAAGUGUUGUUAGAUAAGUUUAGCUGCAUCAGUCAUGUUUAUGUAUGACUAUUCUGCCAAGUGCUUUGUAUCAGCAAGAAAUAACAAAUGUUGAGUGGCAGUUAUAAAACAUUAGAACAUUAAAGUGGAAAUGACAGUGUGCGUGAUGGCAGCCAUGUGGCUCACCAGCACAGCCGUGGUUGCUGGCUUGCUGCUAUCCUGCUCUGCAUGGAACCUCCUUCGUUUAUUCAAGCCAGAUGUAGAUACCAUGGAUGUAAAGAAUGUACAAUUAAUCAACUGUGGAAGUAACAAUGACCCCAUUCAGUUGAAGGAAAUCGAAGUCUCUCACAACAACAGCAGACUUGGCGUGUCUCUCAGAAUCCAGGCUAAAACCAAUAUCACUGAACCCAUCAAGGCUACAUACACUAUUCUGCGCAAAGGUAGUCUUUACUCAAUACCAAUACGAGGAGUCAUCCAGGAUAUUUGCGUGUUUGAUGCCCUGGUUACUCAGCAAUGUACAGCAAAAGUAAACAAGCUCAUAGCCCCAUGCAAGUGUCCUAUUGAGAAGGACCAAUUCUAUCUUUGGAAUCAAGAAUUUUUGAUACUUAUUCCAAAAAAAAAACUCAGAAAACUGCAUGACCUAAACAGAACAUAAAUUAAUUUUAUUUGAAGAAACCUAACAAAAUACACAGUACAGCUAAUUACCACUUACAAUAAUGAUCAAUUAAAGCAAGUACUUCCUCUUUCUCUUAUGACAGUGGAUCAUUUGUUGUCACAUCAAAACCAGUUCUCCAAUUAAAGUAGAUGUAUAAAAUAUAAUUUCUGUAAUUUUACAAACAACCAAUUUUACUUAUAAUUUACUGUUUGUUAUUAAAAAAUCCUGCGGCUAAAACACAGAAGCUUAUAAGAAUCCAAGUAUACAAGCUCAGGUAGCCUUCAUAAACCUGUGUGUGUAUAAAGCCUAAUUAAGUUGAUAUAUCCUUGUAAAUUGUUCUUUGUCUACACAUAACAAUAUACUUCAUAAAUAAAAAUUACACGAAAAUAUUUA